AUGUCAGUACUCAAGGCCAGGCUUGCACCUCACCUCCAUCUGAGGGUUCCGUUCAAGAGUGGAAAGUAUGGCUCACGCUGGUCGAAUCAAGAUAUGGAUCCAAUCCCUCCGGAACAGCGCACCUGGGGCGCUCUGGAUUACUGGGCAUACUGGUGUGCGGAUAUGCUAGCUCCUCCCCUGAUUUCGACUGUCAGUAGUGUCAUGGCUCUGGGAUUCACAGCUAGAGAAACAAUACCGAUUGUCUUUUUCGGCUUUGCCAUCUGUAGCGUGGUCAUCACCCUCACUGCUAAGAUGGGUGCUACGUACGCUGUUUCCUUUCCAGUCAUUGUUCGCAGUGUUUUUGGAAUGUAUGGCUCAAUCCCAGCCAUUGCUAUUCGAUCUUUCGUUGCCAUGAUCUGGACUGCUAUCCUCACAGUCCAAGCUAGCAACUACCUCCAGCGGUGCAUCGAAGCCAUAUGGCCGAGUUUCAUCACUUUUCCGAAUCACCUGCCUGAGAGUGCUGGGAUUGAUUCUGCUGGGUUGCUUUGCCUGUUCUUGUAUUGGUUCCUACAAACUGGGCUAGCGCUCAUGAAAAUUUCCAAGUUGCGUGUUCUGUUUUGGAUCAAGAGCAUCGUAGUUCCCCCGACGUUUUUGGCAUUGUUUAUAUGGGCUGUUACAAUCACAAAAGGUGGCGGACCGCUCAUCAAGGGAGAAAUGAAAUUGACUUCAACGUACAUGAAUACCGCCUACUCAGUGCUAAAAGGACUCAACGCUGUCAUCGGACUCUUCUCUUCGUUGGCAACCAACAUGCCGGAUUUUGGCAGGUUCUCCAAAAACCGGAUGGCUGGCAACCAUCAAUUCCUUGCUCUUCCCAUAAUUGGAACGCUUGGAGCAUUGACACCGAUAUUCGUCACUGACGCCCAUUCAUAUAUAUGGGGCGAGUUCGAGUGGUACAUGCCAAAUGUCAUUGCCAAGUUCGACUCCCGGGCAGCAAAAUUUUUCGUAUCUGCCAGCUUCCUCCUUGCAACCAUCGGCAACCAGAUUGCAGCGGGUACCUAUCCAUUCUCAAAUGACGUAUCAGGUAUGAUGCCCAAAUAUAUCAACAAUUUCAGGGCUACCGUCUUUCUAUCAAUCUUUUCCAUUGCCUGCACGCCUUGGAAUAUUGUCAGGAAUGCGUCAGGUUUACUUGCCUUCCUCAGCGGCUACUCCUGCCUCAUGGGACCUCUUGCAGGCACAAUGAUCAGCGAUUACUACCUUGUCAAGAAGAGUAAGCUCGACGUCGAUCAGCUAUACACCUCUCAUGGUAUCUACUGGUAUGAUUAUGGCUGGAACUGGAGAGCCUGGGUGUCUUUUCUUACGGGUGUCGCGCCCCUCUUGCCGGGCUUUGCGAAAAGCAUCGAUGGUACACUUGAAAUCAGUGGGGCAUGGAAGAUUUACACAUUCGCGUGGGCCUUUGGAAUUUGCCUCUCGACCUCCACACACUAUGUGAUUUGUACGUACAUUUCUGUGCCGACAAAUUCACUGGCUGAGUUCGCUGUAUACCCCCCACAGCUCGAAGAUGUCGCAUCGUCUGUUCUCGAAGGCGAAGAAGUCUCAACCAAGGAAACAACGGUUGCGAAAGCGAAGGAAGUAAAGCAAGUAGUUUAA